AUGCAAAGUUACAGAUGCCUCAGGAAAAAUGCACGCCCAACACAACAAUUUUUUUGUCAACAUGUUUCAACUUUAAACAAAAAAAAACACCUCAUCAGUUGCGAAGACGAGAGAAGAACCCGAAAAAUAGCAGAACACCUCUACGCUACGUUCGUAACUAGUCACCAAACAAAUCACAACUGCAAAAAGAACGCACAGAAUGAACCAACCCGGAGCUCUCUAAAAAGAAUCAUCUCCUCAUACUUGUUACGUAAAAUAAAAAAAAUAAAAAAAGCAAACAACUCCACGGGUAAUGAAGUAGCUAAGGAGAGCACACACCCCUUCCGUGGGCUACCUGAAAGUAGAAGCUAUACUGAUGUUGCGCUGCAUUCUCUCCACCGUAGAUUUUAUCCCUCCCAGAAGUAUCUCCUAAAAAAUGGGCCAACUCUAAAUCACGCGCACCACCAUUUUAGUUACACACAUAGCACCCGAAAGCGGACAACUCCCCAGAACAGCAACUCCUCCCAUACAUCUAACCGUAACAUAGGAAAUGGUAAAAAUGAAGAGCGACAUCAUGAUGCUUUUCUCCCCCAGACAUAUGCCAACUGCAAUGGUGUGGUGUAUCCAACGUAUUACCCGCUCCAAAGAAGGAUAGCAAACAAGUGUCUACACCGUUAUGCUUCCGUGAAAUGGUUUGGAACGAACGUGGGGGAGGAAAGUGAAAAGAAACGAGUCACUUCGAAGGAGGGCAGCCAGUCUGAAUGGGGUGCCUAUAGGAAUGAUCAUACCGCGAGUGAAAGUCCAACGGAGGGAAGAACGGACGAACCCCCUGAAGAAUACGAAAAGCUAAAAAUAAAAGAACUGGAAAAUAUAUUGAACAACCUGGAAAAAAUAAAUGCAAAUAAAAAUAGCAAAAUAAAUAUUAACAUAAAAAUCUUAGUCUACGUUUUUAAAAAUUUUAUAUACAAAAAUAAAGAGUUGAAAACGAAGAUAUUUUUUUCUUUCAUUUUUUUGGUAUGUUCCAAAAUAUCCAUUAUAUAUACUCCAAUUCUUUUGUCAUCCUUUAUUGAAAAUGUUAAUUUGGAAAAGAGUUUGAAUCCCCAGUUGGAUGGAAAUUUAUUAUCAAACAAUUCAAGUGUAAUGAUACUUCUGGCAUAUGUCUUUUCACGUAUUCUAUCAUCAAGUUUAAACGAAUUGAGAAACAGCGUCUUCAACACAAUAAGUCAGAGAAUUUCCACCUAUGUAAGUAAAUUAUUUUUUUAUAAAAUUCACAACUUAAAACUGAGUUAUAUACUCUCCAAAAAAAAUGGAGAGUUAUCCUUCAUUUUUAACAGGGGCUGUAAAAGCAUCACUAACCUUCUUAACGUUUUGGUGUUCCAAGUCAUUCCAAUAAUUAUCGAAUUCCUUUUAUACCUCUACAUAUUAACGUACAAAAUACACUACAGUGUUUCACUAGUUACCUGUUUUAAUAUGUUUUUGUACAUCGUCUUUACAACCCUUGUUACCAAAAGAAGAACCAUCAUCAGAAAAUUUAUGAACAAGUCAGAACAAAAUACCUUUAAUAUUUUCCUAGACUCAAUCCAAAAUGUGGAACAAGUAAAAUACUACACAAACGAAAUGCACGAAUUGAAAAAAUUUAUAAAAGAGCAAAAGAAAUAUGAAAGGGAAGCUAUCAAUGUUCAGAAAUCUUUAUCCCUCCUAAAUUUUGGCCAGCAAAUUAUUUUAAAUUUUAAUCUUUUCCUGUGCCUUUAUCUAACCUAUAUAAACAUUGCUAAUGAUGUAUUCCCUUUUAGUUACCUCAUCCUGGUAAACACACUGCUUUUUCAGCUAGCUAUGCCCCUGAACAUGUUUGGCACCAUCUACCGAGAAACGAAACUGAGCCUUGUCGAUAUAGAAUGUAUGAUCAGAAUUCUCGUGAAGAAAAUUCAGUCACCAGAUUAUUCCAACAAAUUAAAAAUAAAAACGGGAAAUGUCAAAUUUGAAAAUGUCUCCUUUAAAUACCCCGUCAUGGAGGAAAGUAAAGACUCAGAUUUUCGAACAAGUGGGGGAGAUAACCAAGAUGAAGUACCUCCAAAAAGCAUAUCCAAAUUAUCACGAUUAUUCAAAACAAUGAGAGAUAGAUUUUUCUUCCCAAAAAAUUGGCUCAAUGCAAAGGAGCAGCCAAUUGCCCCCAUGAAAGACGAAAUAAAGGACAACCUAAAGAAUGCACUUAGGGAGAGCGUUCAAACGAUGUCAUUAACCUCCACAAGGGAUGAAUCUAAAAGCGAGAUAAAUCAAAAAGAAAAUAAUUAUAUCUUCCAAAAUUUCACAUGUAACAUUGAAAACGGAGAAAAGGUAGCCAUCAUAGGAAAAAGUGGACUUGGAAAAAGCACCCUUAUAAAAUUGCUACUCAAAUUUUACGAUAUAAAUAGCGGAAAUAUAUACAUUGAUAACAAAAAUAUCGAAAACAUUAAUCUGUACACGUUACGAAAGAACAUAAGUGUAGUUCCACAAGACACCAUCCUAUUCAACAACACCAUUUCGUACAACAUAAAGUAUGGGAAUUUCCAAUGUACAGAUAAACAAAUGAUUGAUGCUUGCAUCCAGUCGGAAUUACAUGAAAAAAUUCUGCAAAUGGAUAAGCAGUAUGAUACUCUUGUUGGGGAAAGAGGUACCAAAUUAUCCAUUGGAGAAAAACAAAGAAUUUGCAUAGCCAGAUGUUUUUUAAAAAAUUCAAAAAUUAUCGUCCUUGAUGAGCAUGCAAGCAAUUUGGACAAUGAAAAUAAAAAAUCCAUAGAAAAAGCGCUACAUAAAUUAUGCCUUGGAAAAACCACCUUUAUUAUUACACACAUGAUGGAAAAUCUACAAUUCAUGGACAAAAUUAUUUUCUUCAGUGGAAAUAAUAUCUUCGUUGGCAACCACAAGGAGUUGAUGACUGCAAAUCCUUCCUACCGGGAGUUCUUCAACUCAAAGAAUAAUCAGUCACUUUGA